CUCUGAACUGAUAAGCACGUAAACAGGCGUCAGGAAGCUUGUCUUUGAACAUUUCCUAACAGGUGUCAUGGCAAGGUGAUGCCCUCCUCAACCCCCCCCUCCCCCUCCCCCGGUUUGAACCCUGAUCUUUUGAAUCAGCCAAUCCCAAAGCAGCAUCAGUGUCUGGCCAGCCAGCAGCCAUGACUGAGUGCUUCCUGCCACCCAGCAGCAGCCCGGCGGAGCAGCGUCGCUCCGAGCACCCGGGCGGCGUGGCGCGCACGCCCAGCUCCGAGGAGAUCAGCCCAACAAAGUUCCCAGGGCUCUACCGCACCGGCGAGCCCUCACCCCCCCACGACGGCUCCCACCACGACCCCCCUGACGCUGCGUCUGACGAGGACAAGGAGCACAGCCGCAAGAAGAACAAGUUCAAGAAGAAGGAGAAGAGAACGGAGGGCUACGCAGCGUUCCAGGAGGACAGCUCGGCAGAUGAAGCGGAGAGCCCGUCCAAGAUGAAGCGGUCUAAGGGCAUCCAUGUGUUCAAGAAGCCCAGCUUCUCCAAGCGCAAGGAGAAGGACUUCAAGGUCAAGGAGAAGCUGCCCAAGGACGACAAGAAGGACAAGGAGAAGGACAAGGACAAGAAGUCCAAGGACCUGACGGCCGCCGACGUGGUCAAGCAGUGGAAGGAGAAGAAGAAGAAGAACAAGAACAAGAGUGGCAGCGGCGGCGGCGGAGCGGUGGUCAGUGGAGGCGAGCCGGAACCGAGUGCCCCGGAGACUGUUGCCACAGCGAUGCGGCCCAUUUUCGGCGCGCCACUGGAUGAGGCGGUUCGGCGUACAGCGCUCUAUGAUGGCAUCCCGCUGCCUGCCGUCUUCCGCGAGUGCAUCGACUAUGUGGAGAGUUACGGCAUGAAGUGUGAAGGCAUCUACCGCGUCUCAGGCAUGAAGUCGAAAGUGGACGAGCUGAAGGCGGCGUAUGACCGCGAGGAGUGCCCAUGCCUGGAGGAGUACGACCCGCACACAGUGGCCAGCCUGCUGAAGCAGUACCUGCGCGAGCUGCCCGACGGUCUGCUGGGCCGCCCCGCCGCCGCCCGCCUGGAGGAGGCCUGCGGCCGGCCCGCCGAGUCCGAGCGCCUGGCCGAGUGCCAGCGGGCGCUGGCCGAGGUGCCUGAGCCGGCGCGGCUCUUGCUAGCCUGGCUGGUCACGCACAUGGACCACGUGAUCGCCCGCGAGGCUGACACUAAGAUGAACAUUCAGAACAUCUCCAUUGUGCUCAACCCCACCGUCCAGAUCGGGAACCGCGUUCUGUACCUGUUGUUCACACAUGUGCGGGAGCUGUUUGGGGAGGUGGUGCUGAAGCCCGUGGUGCGUCCGCUCCGCUGGUCCAACAUGGCCACCAUGCCAGCGCUGCCAGAGACGCAGGAGAGCAUCAAAGAAGAGAUCAGACGACAGGAGUUCCUGUUGAACUGCCUGCACAGAGAUCUGCAGGCCGGAGUGAAGGAUCUGUCCAAAGAGGAGAGAUUGUGGGAGGUGCAGCGUAUCCUCACUGCACUCAAGCGCAAGUUACGAGAGGCCAAAAGACAGGAGUGCGAGACUAAGAUCGCACAGGAGAUCGCCAGCCUGUCCAAAGAGGACGUCUCUAAAGAGGAGAUGACCGAGAACGAGGAGGAGGUCAUCAACAUCCUGCUGGCGCAGGAGAAUGAGCUCCUGACAGAGCAGGAGGAGUUGAUAUCUCUGGAGCAGGUGCUGCGGCGACAAAUCGCCACGGAGAAGGAGGAGAUUGAGAGGCUCCGUGCAGAGAUCGCUGACAUUCAGAGAGUGGGAACCCUGGUUGGAGAUGGAGAGAGUUCAUGCAUGAGAUUGCACCCAGAAGUACACAGACACUCACACUCAUGCCCUCCCUCCUGUCUACACACACAUAGUCGUCAGCAGGGUCGCAGUGAGACAGAGGAGUACUCCUCGGACAGCGAGAGUGAGAGUGAAGAUGAAGAGGAGCUGCAACUCAUCCUGGAGGACCUGCAGAAGCAGAACGAGGAGCUGGAGAAUAAGAACACCCAUCUGAACCAGGCCAUCCAUGAGGAGCAGGAGGCCAUCUUGGAGCUGCGUGUCCAGCUUCGUCUCCUCCAGAGUCACAAGCCCCUCUCAGCCGCUGAGCAGGCCCCACCUACCCAGCCCAGCCCUGAUGACGCCAUCGCUGCCCCAUCUGUCGCCAUGGCAGCCAGUGCCACCCCAGGGGUGGGAGGGGUGGUGGGCGAGGGCGUUGUGGCAGCUGUCGCUACGGUGAAUGGGAAGCCAGUGAAAGAUAGCCUGAAGCCAUCGCCUAGUAAGGACAGGAGAGAGAACAACAUGUGAAGCACUUCAGAAACUACAAGACCCAUCAUGCCCCAGCUUAAAAAAAGUUCCUCACCUGCCUCCAUUCUCCUGCCAAGCCCCUAAUACACACACAUACACAGUGUUUUGUAUAGGAAGGCAGAGAUGAAUGGGUGAUUACACUGAUGGCCACCUCCUGAAUGGAGUGUGUGUGUUUGUGUUUGUGUGUGUGUGUGUGUGUGUGUUUGUGUGUGUGUGUGUGUGUGUGUGUGUGUGUGUGUGUGUGUGUGUGUGGAAGUAAAGUGAUUAUCACUGUGUUCACUCUGUGAGUGCAGGUGUUUUGGAGGGGACCGAUCCAACUUGUUUAUGUUGGGUUAGGUGGCCUGUGUUGGUGCCUGUGGGUCCAGCCUCGGGGUUGAGACUACACCUUCGAGCUCUGAGAUUCAGCAGCUCACUCUUGCCUCCUAGCACUGGUGCAUCAGCAUUAGAGCGCCAGAGAAUGGCAUCUUUCCCCCAAUUGAAAUACUUCCUGUGAUUCAUUGAUUAGCUCAGCUUGCCUGCUACAGUGGAACUCACUUCUUUUUAGGGUCAGUGAGUAGUACCCCCACCCCCUGUGGCUCUUUUAGCAGAAUAGGCCUGAUCAAGUGAUCACAGAAUUUACAAACAGACAAAGCUAUGAGAUCCCCUUAUGAUGAUUUAUGUAAACCACUGUGCCAUAAACAAUGAAGACAGAGAGAAAAAAAUGCACAAUAAUGACCCUUAAAAACAAUGAAGAGAUCCUUAACUGACUGCAAUAUGUACUUAAUCAAAGUAAUCUAAAGAUAAAUCAAUUUUGUUGAUGUAUUUGUAUAAAAUAACAUUUUUAGAAGAUAUAUAUAUAUCUAUAUAUAUAUAUAUCAUUAACAUAUAUGAAUAUAACUUGCUGUAUAACCUAUAUACUUAUUUGGCGCCAUUCCUAAAGUGAAAUGAAGCUCCAAAGUGAAAUGGGGCCAUUUGUAGUUUAAGAUCUAAAUGAUCCAGGAACAGAGAACUGAUGUUUUUCUUUUGUUUUUUUGUCUGGCUGCAUACCUAAUGUCUCACAAUCAAUGUGUCAUUUGUCAUUUCAUGUGUUUCUGAUGCACUAGCAGCAUUUAAAGUGAGAAGUAGUGCAGUUAGUAAGAGCAUGAAGUCCGUCUGUGAUUAUCUUCUCAUCUUUACUGUUGACUAAUGAUGACUCCCAGAUAGCUGUGACCCUUGGGUAGGAUCAUGUAAAAGUUAACUUAGACUAAGUGGUUAUCUGAGUUAACUGAAUUAACCAGGCUUGUCACUGAACGGUAUACCUGGAAUACUCCCAGAACUUUGGGCUGUCCAUACGAGCCUGGUGAUCAUCUCAGCUGUUACAGUGCAUUAAUGCAUUGGUGACCAAGUCCAGUACAGUUUCUGCUGCACCUAAAAAAAUCUAAUCCUUUCAAUGCUUUUCUCACACCUGAUCAAUCCUGCACUUAAACAAUAUCCUGUGCUUUUCCAUUAUGAUUUUCCAUUCAAAGGGCAGCAGUUGAAAUGAUCAGUCCUGGCUUGGCCUGGAUGUGCGGAUGAGAGAUGGCUACGCCCUGUUUUGUUGUGUCCAUACAUUUGCUUUCUUUUGAUUGUUUCUGUUGUUUAGUGUUCCUUUCUCUUUUUUUCUUGCGGGUGAGCAUGCAAGUCAUGAAGUGCGCCAUGACUCUGCCUGUGUUUCUACUGGAAGAUAUCAAACUAGAAUGAUGCUUUGUUGUCACUAAUGCUGCGUAGCCUGCUGAAGAAUCUCCUGUAUGUAUGUAUGUAUGUAUGUAUGUAUGUGUGAAUAAAUUGACGCAAACUGCAUGGCUGAGUGGUUGACUUAAAAUGGGUCGAUUUUCUGAUGCUGGUCCCGAAGUGGAUCCUGGAUGGAUCAGAACAGAAUUCAGUGUAUUGCUGCCAUUGUAUGGAUAUCUGUGUUAGAGACAUACUGAUCGACUAACUGUUAAAAGUAUUUUUUUUUUGCUAGCCCAUCUGGCCGAUAGAAUAACAUUGUCCAUCUCUGACAGAGCCCUUAAGAACCCUUGAUGUUUGUCAUGGUGAUUGUAUGACAACUCAUUGCAACUGAAAUUACCUAUGCUGUGUUAAGAUCUUUACUUUUUUUAAAUUAAUUUUUCAUAAUGUUUUUACUGGCUUUUUGUAGCUUCUCUGUUUCCGGUGAUGACUUUACAGAGCUGAUGAAUAAAGUGUAUGUCUGAGAAA